ACAGCACUGGGUGGUCAAAAGAAGGGCUGGGCGAAGGCCAUCGUGAAUUAAUAAUCUGAGGUGACGGGCAUUGCAUUUGUUCUGAAUGUCUAUGGCAAUUUAAUUGUUAUCUGUCUUUGCUAGGCAACUAUGGAGUGUCAAAAUAAAACAGGAGUUCCUGCCCGGAAGCUAAUCCAAGCUCGAUUGCCUUUCAAGCGCUUGAAUCCCAUACCAAAGGAGAAACAUGACACAAACCCUGAAGUUAAAAAAGCCAGGAGUCAGCAGAACAUCCUCAAUCAAAACACACCUUGUCCUGCUUUGCCGCAUCCGUUACCGGACAAUGUGGAAAACAGCUGUGAGGAAGAAACCGAAACACACGUUAGAAAACUGGUUAAUGGCAAGGGGCCAUUAGAUAACUUUGUGCAGAAAAGUAUAAAACAUGAUACAAGUCAGUCUGUGCCCCUAAUAGACUUGACGGGGGACCCUCAUCACGGACUGAAUGAUAACACGGGCUGUACCAAGUCCAACAACAGAGUAGCAUCUUUGGAGGAAACCUCAAAGGAGAAAGGCCAGCCUGGUUCCCCCAGUUCCGCAUGUAAUACCCUGGUACAUCCUUGCUUAGAAACUUGCUUAGAGGUAACAGACAAGGAAUUACCAAGUGUGGCGUCAACUGAGAUAGAAACUACUACUUCCAAUGAGGAUAACCCCCAAAAUGUCAUAUUUGAACAGAAAAUGCCUGUCGUGGUUCUGGAGGAUAUCUUGGCAUCCAGAUCUCCUCAAGCUGCCUCUUUGGAAAGGAGCCUGCCUUCUGAAAACAACACCAUGGAAUCUUGUCCCGAAGAGGACACGCCAUGUACAAAUUCCUCCUUAAGUUCUCUCUCCCUUACCAGCUCUCCUGAAUCUCUGGCUACCAAGGAGCAUAACGUUAAUCCAUUAGCUGCUUCGACACCUGUUUGGAAGGCUUCUCCAAAAGUCCAUCAAAGUUCAGAGGAGAAGGAGAAACUCAAGCUGCAGAGGGACCAAGAACGUGCAGAUAAGCUUCAGAAGCUGCAAGCUAAACGGGAGGAGCGGGGAAGACUGAAAAAGGAAGCCAAGGCUGCAAAAGAACGUGCCCGAGAGGAGGCAAAGAGGAAGAAAGAAGAAGAGAAGGAGUUGAAGGAUAAAGAAAGGAGGGAGAAAAAGGAGAAGGAUGAAAAAGAGAAAGCUGAGAAACAGCGAGCCAAGGAAGAAAAACGGAAAGAGAGGCAGGAAGCCCUGGAGGCAAAAUUAGAAGAAAAAAGAAAAAAAGAGGAAGAAAAGCGCUUGAAAGAGGAAGAGAAGCGCCUCAAAGCAGAAAAGGCUGAAAUCACCCGGUUCUUUCAAAAACCAAAAACCCAGCCUGCUCCAAAAACUCUGGCAGGCUGGUGCGGAAAGUUUGCUCCCUUUGAGAUCAAGGAGAACAUGGUCCUUGCUCCGCUUUGCCGUGUGGCCAUCGAUCAGGACCUCUCCGACCGAUUAGACCAGUUCGUGCAAGAGCAGAGCUGUGACACUUCUUUCUUGGAAGAACUGAGGAGUCGGGAUCCUAGGAAAUCUGAGCCCACCCUUGCCUGCAGCUGGAGUGCUGACGGGAUCAACAGUGAUGUGGUCAUUGUGGGUAGCAGCCAAGCGGAAGAUGCGCCAGAAAGGAAGAAGUUCGGCAGAAUGAAACUCCUGCAGUUCCGUGAGAAUCACCGGCCUGCCUACUGGGGCACGUGGAACAAGAGAUCUUCAGCAAUAAGGCCAAGAAGCCCUUGGGCCAAAGAUAUGAAGCUGCUGGACUACGAAGUUGAGAGUGACGAAGAGUGGGAGGAGGAGGAACCGGGGGAGUCCCUCUCCCACAGCGAAGGGGAUGAGGAAGAAGAUGGGGGAGAGGAGGAAGAUGACGACGACGGGUUCUUUGUUCCCCAUGGAUACCUUUCGGAGGACGAAGGCGUGACUGAAGAAUGUGAUCCCGAAAACUACAAAGUUCGCCAGAAGCUGAAAGCCAAGGAGUGGGACGAGCUGAUCGCCAAGGGGAAGGGGUUCCGCAUCUUGCAGCCCGUGAAGAUCGGUUGCGUUUGGGAGGGUGAGGGCAGCGGCUUCGGCACAAGCGCGGAAACGGGCAUCCUGCAGCAGUUCACGGCUUCUCUCCUGGAUUCCAGCUUCGCCGAUGAAGAAUUGGUAGAGAAAAGCAGCAAGAAGAAAACGAAAGACCAACGAACCUUGGCCCAGCUGCUUCCGCUGCUUCACGGCAACGUGAACGGAAGCAAAGUCAUCAUCCAGGAGUUCCAGCAGUGCUGCCGCCUGGGGCUGGUGUUGGACAACGGGAGUCCGGUCUCCUCCUCGGGCAGCGGGGAUGCCAGCCCCAGGCUCUUCCAAGGCCAGGCCCCGGCCUGUGAGAACGCCGUUCCUUCCAAAGCCAGGCUGAAGAGAAUCAUCUCCGAGAACUCCAUAUACGAGAAGAGGCCCGAGUAUCGGAUGUGUUGGUACGUGCACCCUGAGGUCCUGAGGAACUAUGGCCAAGAGCACCUGCCUGUUCCUUGCCAGUGGAACUACAUUACUCAGGUUCCGUCAGUAGCCAAGGAGGAAGGGGGCAAUUUGCCAGGAGGGACGGUGACCCAGGCCCCCCCGGUCUCGGCAAAACGGAAAUCAACAGGAAGCAUGUCAAUAACCAAGUUCAUGAGGAGACCACCGGGGACCGAGCAGGCGGAAAGCACGGAGACGGAUGGAUUUCAGGCAGACACGGAGGAAGAGGACGACGACGAGUGCAUCGUUGUAGACGUACAGCAGAACCGAGGCAAGCUCACUGAUGCAGCCCCUGAGCGGAGGACCCCCGAAGCGGAACCAGCCGCCGUGGCUGCCAGCAACUCCCCUGAUGCCUUUUGAUAUACACAUCCCCGUCCUUUACUGCUUUGUACGUAUGUAGAAUUUUUUUUAGUUUAUUGUAAAACCCUUGUGUAUCUUUUUUUUUUGUACAAGAUACUUGAACAUACUGUGUUCCUUGUAAAGAGAAGACAGCACUUUGUUCUGCUUCAAACUGAUGGAAGCUUAAGACAUAUUUUUAGGGGCGGGGUAGGCGAAUAAAAUAUACGGCAUAUAAUCUCUCUAAUAAAAGCAUUAUUGAAUUUUU